GACAGAAACAUCCAGGGCAGCAUAGUAGGGAGUGUACUAGUAGUUACUAUCUACUUAUGGGUUUAGUGGGUUAUCGUACCUGUUGUCUAUAACUCAUUCCGACACGGAAAAGACGCUACAACCAGUUGGUGUUUAGGGGCGUUAUUGCUUGAUAGACGUUUAACAUUUGGUAAUAAUUAAAGGCAGUGUCGCGUUAAGUUAUUAAAGCUAACUGGAUAGCUGAUCUGGAACAAAUUGUUCAAAUCGGAUCCAAUGGACACGUUUGUGAAAAUCUCGAAUCAAAGUCAAGGACGUGAUAGGAUUUUCAGGGCGACCCAAUAUGCUUGUGCUCUGUUGAAAUACUUACUCCGAAACAGUUCAGAAAGGAAGAAACUCCUUGCAAAACUGCAAAGUCUGGAGUCGAGCAUGAGCAGUGGGAGAAAAUUGCUCAGACUGGGGAACACUGUGAGCGCCAUCGAGACGGCAAAGAGAACCAUCCAUCUGGCCGACCCCGUGCUCAACCUGUGCCUGACCAUAGCCAACAUCAACCGUGCUCUCUACUUCCUCUGCGACAACGUGCUCUGGGCCAGAAGCCUGGGCCUGGUCCGAGACAUCGACGCCGAGCGCUGGAGCCGGAACGCCUCGCGCUUCUACUUCGUGACGCUGGUGCUGAACCUGACCAGGGAUGUUUACGAGACCUCCCAGAUGAUGGCGCAGAGGGCGAGAGAUAAGCACAUGCAGGAGAGAAUGCGCCAGCACCUCAACCAGAGUCCUGAGGUGGCAGAGGUUCUCGUCCCCCAGCUGGACGCCUUUCUCUUCCUCCUCCAGGAGAGCUUCAGGGACAAUCCUGCCGUUGCCUUGGAUACCCUGAAAAAUAUUUGCGACCUGUUCAUUCCAAUGAACCACUUGGGUAUAUACAAAACGAAUGGCGGAGUGGUUGGGUUCUGUGGGCUGGUGUCAUCUCUGUUAGGGAUCGUAACACUGCUGAAGCCUAGCCUAAAAAUCAAGCCGUGAUGAUGGCUAAGGACACUUUUUGAUUAUGUGCAGAUAUGGAUGAUAAUACCAUUUUGAGUGUUGAAGGCCAGGAUGUAAUUUAUAGGAUAUGCAACAUUCUUGCAAAGUUCUUUUAUGAUGGUUGUGAGUGAAUGUUAAUGUUUGUUAGGCUAUACAGCACUUUGUAAUGCAGCCUAGAAUUUGUUUGUAUGUUUAAUACACUGGAGAGGCGCAACUUGCUCAUAACUCAAUAUCAUAAGUGAAAUAUGAAUAUAGUGAAAGGUCUCCCCAUCUACAAUGUGUUGCAUUUAUUCAUAAAUAACUCCCCAAUGUUCUGCAUUUAUCAAUAUGUAGGAGUUUAACCUUAAAUAGUUUAGGGCACACACUAAAGUUCGAUGUUGCAAUUUAAUGGUGUUCCUCUGCACUUUUUUAUGAUGAUUUUCACAAAAUUCAUGAAUUGUGUUCAUUGUAUCCCAACAGGAGGAAGUUUAUUUAAAGAAUUAACUACCUCACAUUUUGUUUAAUGCCUUGUCACACGUUCAUAUGAACAGAUUAAAAACAUGAAUGAGAAGAGGGUAAUUGAUUGCACUGCUGAUCAUGAUGUAAUCUAUGUGCUCUCAAGCCUGAUCUAUGCAAAUUGUGUUGCUCGAAUAGAAAGCCUUAAUAGAUUUGUAAUAAGUAUGAAGUACAUCUUGAAUUAAAUUAUUAAUACAUUGCUGUGAA